AACACUCGUUUGCGCAUGCCCAAGUAUUAUGUCCAAUCUAAUCCAAGAAUUUGAAUUUGGCGCUAAGGGGAAGAAGGAGAGAAAAAUAGACAAAAGAAAAGACUGACUUUUGCGUUUGUGGUUAUGUUGUUCGGAUUGUAGCUUUGUCGCAGAUUCUUUGUUAGCAUUUAUAUCUUUUAAUCUUUUGUAGUUUAUGUGUGUUUUGUAGUGUUGGCGAUUUCAGAAUUGUUUUUAGUGCAAUUUAUAGUUUUAGUUUUAUUUAUAGAUUAGAGACAUUUAGUGCAACUGAAAGUGCAGGUAUAAGAACAUUUUGUAAAUUUAAGUAGGUAGCUCAAAAUGCCGAAACGAAAAACUCCAUCAAGGUUUUGUCUUCUAUGCGAAGGAAAUGUUCCAUGUGAAAUCGUAUACCAUAAGUUUCCUUCUAACCCACAAAUAAGAGAGUCAUGGAUGAAUGCAUGUCAGUUAGAUAAGGAAAAUGAUGACGUUUCUAAUACAUAUUUAUGUUCCCAACAUUUCAAACCCGAUGAUUAUAUUGAUAUAAAUGCCAAAAAAUUGGGAGGAUGUCUUCGACUCAAACCUGGUAUAAUUCCUUCAGUAUUAUUGCCCAGUAAACCUGAUGACCAUAAAAGGGGAUGCACACAUUUAUCUUCAAGCCUACAAGAAGCAACAUCUGCGCAUAGCACUGUCCCAUGUUUUGAAACAACAGUAGACGUUCCAUUAUUAGCUUGCAGACCUACUACACCAGCAACAACUUACG